CACACAAGCCAAUGAUGAAAAUUAAACCAUCAUUGCAAUAACUUUUCAGUUCAUAGUGUGAGGACACAAUCGUUGAUGGUAUGUGAUCCGGCAAUCAUAUCACUAUAUGAUCAUAGUUUGUUUGUUUUUUUGACAUAGCACAUUGGUAAUAAGAAGUGAAGCGACAUCAGCCCCUGUGACAAGGUAUGUUUUCCAACUGGCGAUAUAGCGUGAACGAUAGUUGUGUUAAUCACUCCACGACUCAACUAACGUCAGCACGGUUGUUACAAGUGCAAUGAAGUUUCUACACAGCUGCCUUCUUCUCUCCGUCCAUCUCCACUUUGUCCUGCCUCUUCUUACGUACUACAUGACAGAAUGGUGCUCUAUGAGUGUGCUAGAUAUGAUGGACCGUCCAAUCUCAGCAGGGAGGCUGCGUCUCACGUACGAGAAUGAACGAUACCGGAAGGACAUGGCUUGCACGAUGUCCAUCCGGACACCUGCUGACCAUCACUUGAUGGUCAGGUUUCUUGACAUGGAGAUCGAAGGGUUCAUGUCGGAGGGCUGUGAGUCUGAUUAUUUGAUCCUCUAUGAUGGUCCGGAUGACAAGAGCCCUUCUAUGGAUAAUCACAAAUAUGUUGAGCAAUAUACAAAAACUCCUAUAACAAACAAAUUAUGUGGGUCUCUCACUCCUCGUGCAACGUUUGUCACCACCGGCGAUGUCGUCACGUUUGUGUUCCACAGCGACUUAACAAUUGAAUACAGAGGAUUUGACCUCAUUUUUACUGCAUUCCAUACUGGCAAAUGUGACACGACCGAGUUCAGAUGUGACAACAAACGUUGCAUCAACACCAGCCUCCACUGUGACGACUUCAACAACUCUGGCGACUACAGCGACUGGUGCGGCCCCAGCACCAUCCUCAUGGUCCUCAUCAUCGUCAUCUGUGUCACAGUCUUCAUCCUCCUCGUCUCGUCAGUCAUCAGAUGUGCAUGUAAAGAAAAGGUUCGCAAGUUUUCAAAGAGCGGAUCAUCGGGGGCUGAUAAUGACCUCAUCACGACCAGUACGGGCAUGCGCGUGUCUUCCUUCCGGGGUCUCUCAGGACGUAGGUCAUCAAGCAGUUCGAACUUGUCUUCAGAGCCUCUUGCACAGCAGGAACCGCUCCUGAAUGAAAGUCAAAGUAGUGUUUGACACAGACGGGCUCGUACUUAAACAGGAAGACUCUUCCGCUGCGUUGUGUGAAUGUUGUGCAGCGAG